CUACCUCCCAAUUUUAAAGAACCCUCUCUCUCUCUCUCUUCUCUCUCUCUCUAUCUCUCUGUAUUCGCAAAGCUUCGUAAUGGAGGAUGAGAGAGAAGUUCUGAUAAGAAAAACUAACAAGGUAUUCGACCGAUGCGUGUCAAACGCAGGAGAUGAGUUGUGUAGCUUCAGGUCGUGUCUUCGAUGGAUGUGUUUGGAUCAAUCUAGUCUAUGGAGGUCUUGUCUAGCAUGGUCUCUCUUUCUUCUUCUUGCCAUCGUUGUUCCUCUUGUGUCUCACUUCGUCCUCGCCUGUCCAACCUGUGACGCCAGACAUCAACGCCCCUAUAACGUUGUCGUCCAAUUGUCUCUGACCGUCGUUGCUGCUCUCUCCUUCUUCUGUCUCACUCGUUUCGUCCGUACUUACGGUCUUCGAAGGUUCCUGUUUCUUGAUAAGCUUUGUGAGGAAAGCGAGAAGGUUGGAUUGGGAUAUACACAGCAACUCAAUAGGUCAUGGAAGCUGCUCCUAUUAUUCAUCCUCCCCUGCUUCGCAGUGGAGAGUGCCUACAAGAUAUGGUGGUUCAGCUCAGGUGCGAAUCGGAUCCCUUUCCUAGGCAACGAAAUCAUGAGCGACGCCGUCGCGUGCACAUUGGAGCUCUGCUCAUGGCUGUACCGAACGUCCAUCAUCUUCUUCGUCUGCAUCUUAUUCCGGUUGCUCUGUUACCUGCAAAUACUCCGACUAGAAGACUUUGCAGAAGUUUUCCAAGUAGAGUCCGACGUAGAGUCGGUGUUGAAGGAACACUUGAGGAUAAGGAGACAUCUUCGGAUUAUAAGCCACCGGUACAGAGCUUUCAUCGUCUUUGCUCUGCUAUGUAUCACGGCGAGUCAACUCGCUUCGUUGCUUAUCAUCACUCGCUCCAGCUCAGCGGUUGAUAUCUUCACUGGUGGUGAAAUGGCUUUAUGCUCAAUCACACUGGUGACAGGGUUGUUCAUAUGCCUGAGGAGUGCCACAAAGAUAACACAUAAGGCACAGGCGGUGACGUGCCUUGCGGCAAAGUGGCAUGUGUGUGCAACGAUCCAAUCCUUCGACGACGGCACAGAAAGUGACAUACCAGUGUUGGCAGAUUAUCAACUUGCUCGACCACAUGUACGUGAUUUUCCAAUCAAUGCUAAUGGAGAGUGGGAGGAUGAAGAGAAUGCAGAUGGAGAAAAUGAUCUCGACAACACCAAUAUUAUCAUGCCUAUUUAUGCUCGCACCAUAUCUUUCCACAAGAGACAAGCACUAGUGACAUAUUUCGAGAACAACAGAGCGGGGAUUACAGUAUUCGGAUUCAUGUUGGAUAGGUCUUGUCUCCAUACCAUCUUUGGAAUCGAGAUGUCUCUCGUCCUUUGGUUGCUUAGCAAAACCAUCGGAAUUUCUUAAAUAUUUUUGAACUAUUUCCCUUUCCUUCUUAAAUUUUCCCACAAAUAGAGAGAGAUAUAUGGUCUC